AUGUUUGCGACUCUGCAACUCGCAGACAUUUCCUGGUGGACACUGGACGCAAAAUUAGCGUUGUUUCCCCAACGGCAGCUGAUCGUCGUUUCCCCCAUUCUCACUUUUGGCAGUCCUGCCCUCAUCCUGAACAUUGGCCUUCGUCGGUCGCUCACCUGGAUCUUUGUGACUGCUGAUGUACCGCAUGCAAUCCCCGGCUUGGACUUUUUUGCCAAGUUCGAUAUCCUUGUUGACAGCCGACUUGCCCGUCUCCUCGACCGCACAUCCGGUCUGUUUGUUCGUGGAAUAACUCCCUUUACUGUCCCCAUUAAAUUAUCUGUCUUGGAUACGGAUAUUGCUCGUCCCUUUCGGCAACUGCUUCUUAGUCAUCCCAACAUAAUUAACCCCCAGUUUCGCAGUGCCGAGGUUCAACAUGAUGUUGUGCACCAUAUCCGCACCUCGGGUCCUCCUGUGCUUGCUCAACCGAGACGACUGGCAUCGGAGCGUUUCCAGACCGCGAAGUUGGAGUUCGAACACAUGCUGCAACUGGGAAUAAUUCGACCGUCCGAGAGCCCUGGGGCGUCCCCACUUGACAUGGCGCACAAAACGACAUCAGGUGACUGGAGAACCUGGGGCGACCAUCGUGGCCUCAGCAGAGCCACCAUUCCUGAUCGGUACCCCCUGCCUCAUCUUCAGGACUUUGCUGAAGCCCUUUUCGGCAAAGCGAUUUUCUCGAAGAUUGAUCUAGUGCGUACUUUUCCUCAGAUUCCAGUCGCCCCUGAGGACAUACCUAAAACCGCCGUCACAACACCCUUCGGUCUCUUCGAGUUCAUCCGCAUGCCGUUCGGUCUUCGUAAUGCCACCCAAACGUUCCAGAGGUUCAUCGACCAUGUCUUACGUGGCCUACCCUUUGUGUACGCCUGCACUGAUGACCUCUUGGCUGCCAGCCGGUAUGAGGAAGAACAAAAACAGCAUCUUGCCUUGGUGUUUGCCGCCUUGACGAGUUUGGCGUUAUCAUCAAGGCCUUCAAGUGGGGGUUAGGCGUGCCUUCGCUCGAGUUCCUCGGCCAUCAUGCCGACUCUAAAUUUUUGCGCCCUCUUCCCUCCAAAGUUGAAGCAAUUCGUAAUUUCCCUCCAUCAAUUUCCAAGCGUCAGUUACAGCGAUUCCUCGGCAUGGUCAAUUUUUACCGUCGGUUCCUACCGAACUGUGCUGACCUCAUGCUGCCGCUCACCAACAUGCUUUCUGGUCCCGAAGGUCGCCUCGAGCUGACUGGUGAAGCACUGACUGCUUUUGAGAGAAUCAAGAGUUCUCUUGCCGAUGCCACCUUACUUACACAUCCCGCUCCCGAGGCUCAGCUUUCUCUGAUGGUAGAUGCCUCGACCGUAGCCGUAGGUGCAGUCCUUCAACAACACCUUGCUGGUUCGACUCAACCACUUGCUUUUUUCUCCCAAAAGCUCUUACCAGCUGAGACACGCUACAAUACAUUUGGUCGUGAACUACUUGCCAUUUACCUGGUAGUGAAGCAUUUGCGGCAUUUCCUUGAAGGUCGUGACUUCACUGUUUUCACUGACCGCAAACCGUUGACUUUUGCACUUCGUUCCCACUCCGACAAGUACAAUCCGAGGGAAAUUGCCCACCUGGACUUCAUCUCCCAAUUCACCAACGACAUCCGCCACAAAAAUGACACGAAGAAUGAGGUGGCUGAUAUACUGUCCAGGAUCUCACUCUCUUCCCUUCAGCUCUCACACGGGAUCGACCUUUGUGCCACGCUGGCUGAGCAAUAGCGAGUCGGUUGUCCUGGCGACGAGUCCGUUGGUCGCUCCAACUCAAAAACGUUCCUCUGACCACUGACUCUGGUACCAUACUUUGUGAAGUCUUGCCCUUUCGUACCCGCCUCGAAACGUCGAGCUGUAUUUUGAACUCUGCAUGUACUCGCCCACCCGAUGAUUGAGCCUCUCAAAAGCUCCUCGCGGAAAGGUUUGUUUGGCCUGGCAUGAAAAAGGACGUCGAAGCUUGGGCCCGAUCGUGCCUGAGCUGCCAGCACAACAAGGUGCAACGUCACAAUAAGUCCCCACUUGGCACUUUCCCAGCCUCGACGCACGGUUCAGCCAUCUGCACCUGGAUGCCGUAGACCCCUUACCUCGAUACAAUGGCUUCGCCCACCGCCUUACCUGUGUCUAUCGAUACAUCCGCUGGGCUGGAGCCAUUCCUUUGCCGAAUGCGCAGGCUGAAACCAUCGUGAAGGCCUUCUUCAGUCGUUGUGUCACCAUGUUCGGUGCCCCAUCCACGGUUACGACUGAUCGCGAUGCCCAGUUUGAGUCUGCACCCUUCCAAACGCUACUCAAUUUCUUUGGCUGCAAACGCACUCGGACGACAGCUGCUAACGGUAUGGCCGAGCGUGUACAUCGCCAACUAAAGACCACCCUGCGUGCCAUAGAAGACCCGGGAAACUGGUCGGACGACCUUCCUCUUGCACUCCUCGGCAUCCGCGCACUUCUGAAGACCGAUCUGGACUGA